CACACAGGCAGAUCCGGGUUCGAACUCGCGGAUGUUGACACUCGUUUCCCCUCCCUUCGCCCCCGGCGGAGUUGAGCUUCGCAAACUUUCCUGUAUUUUCUCGGCGCUGUCGCCUCGCUCGGCCCGUUUAUGUUGAGCUCAGCUUUUUGUUAUUUAACUUUCUGCUGGGUCGGGAAAGCGCCAUGACACCUCCGGCUCGGCCGCGGUCUUCCUUCCUCUUCUCCAAAAAUCCUGACAGCUGUUCAAACAAGCGACGAGGUGUCACUCCCAGGGAAAUGUGUGAGCCCCCAAAAACCGGAGAGGACAACACCCAUCCCUCCGCUUUUUAAGUUUUUCCCAACCGGAAAUGUUAAUGUCACGGGUUAACGGAUUUAUUUACUUAUUUUAAAACCGUUUUGUAAUAACGCACAACUCGUGACAUCCGCGAGCGUGGCUCAUCAAUUCGCGGAGGGGUGGGGCCUCGCUGAUGAUAGUGACGAGAGGGAUCGGACACGGGCUCCAGCGGGGGGACCACACAGUCCCUCACUGUUGCCCUGAGCUGGGAUCGAGUCCCUGUCACGCUCCAAGCGAAACCCUCAAAUCUGAGGUCAGUCUCGGGAAAACAUUUAAAACAAACAGUCGUAAUUACCGGAUACAGAAGUGUCAGACUGCUACUGUUUAUGACAUCAUAAACAGCAUAUUCUGUUCGGAAAUAUGUGACAGGACAUGGGCUUCAACUUUUUAACUGCCCAGAGUUUGAGUUGUUUUAUGGAGGUGCUCGGGGAAUCAUGCAACAGGUUCCUGGGUGACAGAUUUCCUUUUGAAUGCACCAUGCUUUGUUUGGUUGAUUUGCCGAAAGAAAUAAGAGGAAAUGACAGAUAUUACCUGUUUUUCUUUUGCAACAACAACAGCAACAAAAAAGGCAAUCACUCAUAAACGGCUAAAGACCGACACACUCGCAGUAAAAAAUUGGAUUCAAACCAAAUUCACAGGUCUACUUUUAUUGAACCCUUCAAUCUUCAGAUCAUUCUAAUGAUUCUGUCGAUUUCAAAUUAGCUGGGACAAGUUCUGGAAUGACUUUUCAUAAGUGGUAAAGAGCUGUUCUUCUAUAAUAUGUUACAAAAGAUGCUUGAAACAUUUAAAAUUAAAUAUAACAUAUUUUUUAACCAGUGCUUGGACAAAGCAAAUAAUUUAAAGAUUCCGCCUUGGACUCUGUGUCCCAUAUUUAAUAGGAAAAAAAGUUAAACAUAUAAAAAGAAACAUUAGAUUACGUUUUUAAUCACACUGUUGGAGAAGCUUUGGCUCUCGGAGGUCCUUUCUCAACAUUUCCCCGUAUUUCUGGUCUCUGCAGAAGAGCUGCUGGUUCCGCUUCGGAUAUGGGGUCCCUGUGGGGGUCGGAUCCAAAUGUUGGCGCUUCCUCUAUCUUCCUGGACAAUAGCACCUGCUACAGAGACACAAACAACACCGUUCUCAGUGGAGUCCCAUUUGGAGGAGUGCCGGUCGUGCUAUUGCUGGAUUUUUCUGUCUUUCUGGUCCUGCUGAUCAUCUUCUCGAUUAUCAGGAGGAAGUUUGGGGACUAUGGGCGAUUAGCUCUGGUCGCAGACAAAGAAGGGCUCACCAAGGGAAGGCAGAGUCGCAAAAGACACACAUCAUCAUUUGCAUCUACUGACGAUGCCUUUGAAUAUGAACAGGGAUUCUGCUCUUGGCUUCCUUACAUCAUCAGUAUGAAUGAUGACAAAGUGAAAUCCAAAAGUGGCCCAGACGCUGUUCACUACUUAUCCUUUCAGCGCCAUCUGAUCUUCCUGCUGUCCACCAUGACUGUCAUCUCCCUGUCAGUCAUACUGCCUAUCAACCUGACUGGAGACCUACAAGGCCAUGAGCCCAAGAAUUUUGGAAGGACAACUAUUGGAAAUCUUUCAAAUGGAAACAACCUGCUAUGGGCACACACAGUGGUUGCAGUUGUCUAUUUGAUCCUGACAGUUUUACUGCUGCGACGUCACACAUCUCAAGUACGAGACAUAAGCAGAGAGAUGACCAGAAACACCUUGUUUGUGCAAUCGGUUCCUAAAACAGCGAAAGCAGAAGAUGUAAAUGCCCAUUUCACAGAGGCGUACCCGACCUGCGAAGUGUUUGCUGUGACCUUGGGCUAUGACGUGACCAAGCUCAUGAGCCUUGAUCAGGAGAGGAUCCGAGCAGGAAAAAACCUGCGCUACUAUGAGCGUGUCCUAGAGAAAACAGGACAACAUGAGUUGAUUAACCCUCGUUUGUGUGGACAACUCUGUUCCUGCUGCAACUCUGAGAAGGUUGAUGCCAUUGCGUUCUACAGUAGUAAAGAAAAAGACCUUCUUGUAAAGAUGAGGGAGCAGGCGGAACUGGCACCAACGCACCCCCUGGGGAUGGCCUUUGUGACCUUGCAGACGGAGGGCAUGGCCAAGUUCAUUCUGAAAGACUUCAACGCUCUCAAGUGUGUUGGCACAACGUUCUGUUGUGGGAGUGAGCAGCAGCCUUCGGCCUAUAGUGAACUUCUGAAAGUAAGCAGGUGGAAAGUCAGCUUUGCACCUCAUCCCAAUAAUCUCUACUGGGAGAAUCUGUCCGUGAAGGGUGUUUACUGGUUCGGGCGCUUCAUGAUAAUCAACCUGUGCCUCUUCACCGGGCUCACCUUCCUCACGACUCCCACCAUCAUUAUGAACACCUUCGACAAGUUCAAUGUGACAAAACCCAUCUCCUAUCUCAACAGCCCCAUUAUCAGUCAGUUCGUCCCCACUCUGCUGCUGUCGACCUUCUCUGCAUUGCUGCCCACCGUAGUCUACUAUUCCACUCUAGGAGAAGCACACUGGAGCAGGUCCAGUGAGCAGCUGAGCAUGAUGCGUAAACUCUACAUAUUCCUGCUCUUCAUGGUGCUCAUCCUCCCCUCACUAGGACUCACCAGUCUCGCAGUUUUUUUCCGCUGGCUGUUUGAUCAAGCGUUCCUCAUCGAAGGGACACUGAGGUUUGAGUGUGUGUUUCUACCUGACCAAGGGGCGUUUUUUGUCAACUAUGUGAUCGCAGCAGCUUUCGUGGGCUCUGGGAUGGAACUGCUGCGGUUGCCAGGGUUACUGCUUUACAUCAUCCGUUUGGGAUUCGCACGCUCGGCCGCUGAAAGGAAAUAUGUCAAACAGAGCCAGGCCUACGAAUUUGAAUAUGGAGCGAUGUAUGGCUGGACCCUCUGUGUGUUCACCGUUGUUGUGGCUUACAGCGUCAUUUGUCCCAUCAUUACACCUUUUGGUCUACUCUACAUGCUGCUGAAGCACAUGGUGGACAAACACAACCUGUACUUUGUCUACCUGCCUGCCCGCCUAGACCGCCGUGUCCACCUGGGAGCCGUCACUAAAGCUAUGGCCGCGCCCAUCCUCUGCCUGAUAUGGCUUUACUUCUUCUCUGUCUUGAGAACAGGCUUCUGGACUUCCACAUCUCUUUUCACACUGGUGGUUCUGUUUAUCACCGUCUUCAUCUGCAUCAGCUACACGUGCUUCGGCUGUUUCAAAUACCUCAGCCCUCACAACUAUACGGGGAAAGAAGAGGACGAGGAAGAAGUGGAUGACGAAAAUGCUCAGUUACAGGUCUACCUUCCCAGAGUGCUUAAUCCCGAAUCACCUGUCAGCACCUUACAGGGGUCCAAACAUCAGUCUUAUGGAGCCACAGACAGCAGCCUGACCAGCAGCUUGAGUCCAGUAGAGGGAAGCCUGUCAACCGAUCCAGUGCAUUUAAUCAUAGAUCAUAAGAGUCAAGAUUUCCACGACUCCUGAUUAUAAUAUCUUUUCAUUUGCAUAUAGGCCUCUAUCAUUGCAUCCAUGGUGCAGCAUUACGCACAAGUGUCACAGCAGUAGUCAUAUAUUUACAGGGGGAUUACUUCACAUCGUGAAAAUUGAUCACGACAAUCAGUGCACUGGGGAUCCACCCUGGGAAAUGAUUUGGGAAUGGAAGUUUAAAGGUGAAUGCAGUUUAUGUAUUUCUAAGUGACUCUGUGGGCCUGGCAGCACAGUCAUGUUCACUGCAGCGCUAUAUGAAAAGUAAUGUCAUGUCUUGGUGAUACAUGCAGAAGGUUAGAAGAUUUUUUAAACUGCUAAUUGCUUGGUUGUGCUAUUUAAUGGUAUCUGAAUGUAAUUUGCUCUUGGUUGACUCAUGUCUUUUAUAAUUGAAGGUUCUUAUGAAACAGUUAUGUUUUAACAGCAGAAAUAACGCUGCUUGUUUCAACGUUUAUGAUAAAGUGGAUCGAUGAUCUGGCAUCAAUUAACCACAUUACGUAUGCAUCACCACUUUCCUGUCCCCAAAAUGUUUGUAAAUAUGGGUCGGAGUUUGCGCACAAGUGCACACAUUUUCCCGUCAAGUUUCUUUAUACCCAUCUUUAGAGAGCCCACUUUAUGCAUAUGCAAUAGUUAUAAAUGAGGCCACAGCACUGUCCCAAUCCACAAGAGUCCAACGUGAAACCUACUCGCUCUUAAUCUUGUCAGUCACAAAACACGGCUACAUGUUGUAUGUUUCUGUACGAGAUCUCUCUCUGAUAAGGACCAAGUCACCAAGGAAUGUUUAACCAAAACCUGCCAUUUCAUCAAGCCAUAAUGUUUGUGGGGAAAGGCACAUAAAUUGAUUUCAUUGCACAUGAAUUGUAAGAGGCGAAAAACGCAAUCAACUAGAUUAUCAAGCUACUGCCGCUGAUGCCAAAGAGGAGCUCUCUGUGUGUCUCCACAUUUCUCCUUAGUGCCUUUUUUGAUGCUACAUGAUGACAUCGCCUGCCAAGGGAAUCAUUUUAGCCUAAUUGAUAAUGCACUUUUUGUAUCUCUGUUUCUGUGUAGUAACAAUAGCUAAAUUUUUUCCUUAGUAAGACAAGAGAACAAAUAUUUGUAUCAGUAUUUCAGGCAUUUUUUACCCACAAGUGUUAGAAUAUUUAAGCUAUAUAUUGCCAUGGUUAGAGGUGUUAUUUUCAUUGGGGUUCAAGAUAAAAAGAAAAUGCUGUAUGAUGAAUGAAUGAAUGUUUUUGAAAAGGUCAAUAUUUUUUUUCUUUUUAAUGUACAAUGGAGCCAUGUGUUUGCAGCUUUGUGCAUUUUAACAAAUAAAUAAACCCUUAAAACAAUAAA